GGGCGAUGCCGCGCCCCCGGGCCGGGCUGUAGCGGGGCUGCGGCCGGAGCACGCGCUCGAGGCAGGCGGGACAUGGAGGUGGUGGACGAGACUGAAGCGCUGCAGCGCUUCUUCGAAGGCCAUGACAUCAGUGGUGCCCUGGAGCCCUCCAACAUAGACACCAGCAUCUUGGAGGAGUACAUCGGCAAGGAAGAUGCCUCAGACCUCUGCUUCCCUGACAUCGCUGCUCCAGCCAGUGUGGCCUCUUUCCCCCACGGGCCGCCAGCCAUCCCUGGCUCCAGUGGGCUCCACCACCUGAGCCCCCCUGGGAGUGGACCAUCCCCAGGGCGCCAUGGCCCCCUCCCACCCCCGAGCUACGGCGCCCCACUCAACUGCAACAACAACAACGGCAUGGGCGCUGCCCCCAAGCCCUUCCUGGGGAGCUCUGGGCCCCCCAUCAAGGCAGAGCCCAAAGCUCCCUAUGCCCCAGGCACACUUCCGGACUCACCCCCAGACUCGGGCUCUGAGGCCUACUCCCCCCAGCAGGUGAACGACCCCCAUCUCCUGCGGACAAUAACCCCAGAAACUCUGUGCCACGUGGGAGUACCCUCCCGUCUGGAGCACCCGCCCCCACCUCCACCUCCAGCCCACCUGACUGGUCCGCCGCCGCCUCCACCACCCCCACCUCACUACCCUGUCCUGCAGCGAGACCUGUAUAUGAAGGCCGAGCCUCCCAUACCCCCCUACACUGCCAUGGGGCAGGGCUUGGUGCCCUCCGAGCUCCACCACACCCAGCAGUCCCAGGUGCUGCACCAGCUGCUGCAGCAGCAUGGAGCUGAGCUCCCUACACACCCCUCGAAGAAGAGAAAGCACUCGGAAUCACCCCCUAACACCCUCAAUGCCCAGAUGCUGAAUGGGAUGAUCAAACAGGAGCCUGGGACUGUGACAGCCCUGCCCCCACAUCCUGCAAGAGCCCCGUCCCCGCCAUGGCCUCCCCAAGGCCCCCUCUCACCAGGCACUGGCUCCUUGCCCCUCAGUAUUGCCCGGGUUCAGACUCCACCUUGGCAUCCACCAGGUGCACCCUCCCCAGGUCUCCUGCAGGACAGCGAUAGCCUCAGUGGCUCCUACCUGGACCCCAACUACCAGUCCAUCAAGUGGCAGCCGCAUCAGCAGAACAAGUGGGCAACACUGUAUGAUGCCAACUACAAGGAGCUGCCUAUGCUUACCUAUCGUGUGGAUGCGGACAAGGGCUUCAACUUUUCGGUGGGCGAUGAUGCCUUCGUGUGCCAGAAGAAAAACCACUUCCAGGUGACUGUGUACAUCGGCAUGCUGGGCGAGCCCAAGUAUGUCAAGACACCAGAAGGCCUCAAGCCCCUCGACUGCUUCUACCUGAAGUUGCAUGGAGUGAAGCUAGAGGCGCUGAACCAGUCCAUCAACAUUGAGCAGUCACAGUCAGACCGAAGCAAGAGGCCUUUCAACCCUGUCACGGUCAAUCUGCCCCCUGAGCAGGUCACGAAGGUGACUGUGGGGCGGCUGCAUUUCAGCGAGACCACUGCCAACAACAUGCGCAAGAAGGGCAAACCCAACCCUGAUCAGAGGUACUUCAUGCUGGUGGUAGCCCUCCAGGCACACGCGCAGAACCAGAACUACACGCUGGCUGCUCAGAUCUCGGAGCGCAUCAUUGUGCGGGCCUCUAACCCAGGCCAGUUUGAGAGUGACAGCGAUGUGCUGUGGCAACGGGCACAGCUGCCAGACACCGUCUUCCACCAUGGCCGCGUGGGCAUCAACACAGACAGGCCUGAUGAGGCUCUCGUUGUGCACGGCAAUGUCAAGGUCAUGGGCUCGCUCAUGCACCCCUCAGACCUGCGGGCCAAGGAGCACGUGCAGGAGGUCGACACCACAGAACAGUUGAAGAGGAUCUCACGCAUGCGGCUGGUUCACUACAGAUAUAAGCCAGAGUUUGCUGCCAGUGCUGGCAUUGAAGCCUCUGGGCCAGAGACCGGUGUCAUAGCCCAGGAGGUGAAGGAGAUUCUGCCUGAGGCUGUGAAGGACACAGGAGACAUGGUCUUUGCCAAUGGGAAGACCAUAGAGAACUUCCUGGUGGUGAACAAGGAGCGCAUCUUCAUGGAGAAUGUGGGGGCCGUGAAAGAGCUGUGCAAACUGACAGACAACCUGGAGACGCGUAUCGAUGAGCUGGAACGCUGGAGCCACAAGCUGGCCAAACUGCGGCGCCUUGACAGUCUCAAGUCCACCGGCAGCUCUGGUGCCUUCAGCCACACAGGAAGCCAGUUUAGCCGGACAGGCAGUGUCCCCCACAAGAAAAGGCCUCCCAAGGUGGCCAAUAAGUCAUCACCAGUGGUUGCGGACCAGGCCUGCAUCAGCCAGCGCUUCCUGCAGGGAACCAUCAUUGCCCUGGUGGUAGUCAUGGCCUUCAGUGUGGUGUCCAUGUCCACACUGUACGUGCUGAGCCUGCGCUCUGAGGAGGACCUGAUGGACACUGAUGGCUCUCUUGCCGUGUCCACUUCCUGUCUUCUGGCCCUCCUCCGGCCCCAGCACCCUGGGGAGAGUGAGGCCAUGUGUCCAUGCAGGUCCAGCCAGAGCUUUGGGACCACACAGCUCCGACAGUCCCCAGUGACUACUGGGUUGCCAGGCACACAGCCCUCUUUGCUGCUGGUUACCAGCUCGGCCUCAGGUCCGGCUAUCCGUACCUUGGACUUGUGCUCCAGCCGGUCCUGCCCUAUUGUCUGCUGCUCCUCACCCGCCCCGAGCCGUGCGACGACAGACCGUAGUCUUGAUCCUACUUUGACCUCAGGUCCCAGCCCCAGCACCAACCGCUCAGGCCCUAGCCAGACAGCCCUGCUGCCAGUCACCAACAUCAAAGCCAAGUCCUGGGGCAUCUUGGCCAAUGGCAUUGGCCACUCCAAGUAUUCCAAGAUCUUGGAGCCUGUAGCCAGCCCUGCAGUCCCCUUCCCUGGGGGACAGAGCAAGACCAAGAAUAGCCCGAGCCUCAGUCUCCAUGGCCGAGCCCGCCGAGGAGCCCCCAACCCAGGCCCAGCCCAACCCACUCAGGCCCAGGGCCAGCCAGACUCUCUCCUUGCAGACCCAGGGCCAGCCCUGACCUCCAUCCAGCUACUGGAGAAUUCCAUGCCCAUCACCUCCCAGUACUGUGUACCAGAGGAUGCCUGCAGGCCUGGAAACUUCACCUACCACAUCCCUGUCAGCAGCAGCACCCCACUGCACCUCAGCUUGACCCUGCAGAUGAACUCCUCCUUUCCUGUAUCCGUGGUGCUGUGUGACCUGACGUCAAAGGAAGAGCCCUGUGCGGAGGGGGGCUUGCUGCAGAGGCCCCACCCCCAACAGGACACCCAGGGCACCUCCCAUCAGUGGCCAAUAACUAUCCUGUCCUUCCGUGAAUUCACCUACCACUUCCGGGUGGCAUUGCUGGGUCAGGCCAACUGCAGUUCAAGGGCCCUCAUCCAGCCAGCCACGGACUACUUCUUCCACUUUUACCGCCUGUGUGACUGAGCUGCCUCCUGAGGCAAUGUCACAGCGGGAACGGGGUUCCUGGGCCCUCCACACUGGAGCAAAGGUGUUACACUGGAGCCUGCUGCGGGCCAGCUCUCUGGGCUCACUGCCUCCCCCAGACUGGGGAGACUGGACGUCUUCACACUGGAGCUGCUAUGCCUGUUGAUAGCCCUUUCAAAGCACAAGAGAGUGCAGAGACCAGACUCCUGGCCACCUCUUGGGGCAGAACAGGGCCAAUUCAUGGCUGUCCAGAUAUGGUGGCUACUUCAGGGACCCUGGAAGCCAGGGGAGGCUGUGGCCAGGACUUGCCCAAGCCCACUCUCCCUGCUGCCCCAUCUGAGCUGGGGGGAGGCCUGAGGGGGCUUAGACUUGGCCAUACAACACCUGGCUAGACUCCAUGAACCCAUGGAGAACUGAUAACUUGCACCCUCGAUGCUGCUCCCUAGGGGACAGCUUGAUGGUAGACUUUCUGUGGUUUGACUGUUACACUAGACUUGGAUUGAGAAGCUUUGUAUGUGGCUCAGAUUUCUUUUUCUUGGGAGAACUUAGCUCCCAAGAAUUCCCAGGGCAGCCAGGGCCAGCCCACAUGGCUGAAGAGACAGACUUUGUGCCUUAGGUCUACUGAGUAUCCUAGAAGGAGAAGCUGCCUGGGAGUCCUCAAGACCCAAGCUCAUGAUGGAGUCGGUGACACCAUCAUUCUCUCUGAGCAGAGGAGCAGGAAUCCCUGCAAGCAGUAGGCUGGUCUCCACUGGGGGUGGAUGCAGGUAACUUUUAUUAAUGAGGUAUUUACUAAAUGCACUUAAACCAGGGCAGGAAGGAGUAGAAUGGAGCCAGAAGGCUGAGUGGGUCACAGAUCUGGAAUGAUACUUGCAAAGACAGAGGGGCCCUGGUCUCUACAGAUCAAAGGCACCUUGCUGAGCUCGGAGUCAAGCUGGAGGGACCUGGGCCCAGCAGGACCCAUCUGAUUGUUUCCCACUGCCAGGAGUGGGUUUGGAUCAAGGAGGAAAUCUUUUAGAAGUGCCAACUUCAGCAUUUCUCAGUAGUACCUGAAGCUUUCUGAGGUUACAUGCAGCCUCCUGGAAGGAGUAUGGCAUUCAUUCAGCCGUAUAUGCCAUGUCUGGGCAGUAGGAAAGGAACCCGCUGUCUCUUGUGGAAUUUUGCCACCUCUGUGGACACCAGGCCUUGCCCCUCUCCUACCUCUCAUUCUCCACUCUGAAUGGGAGGCCUUUCUCUGGGGACGCUGAGUUGUUAGAAGCCUAUGGACUGUGGCCCCUCUGCCAUGGAUCUCAAAGCACUUAUCCUCAGGAUAGGGAAACAGCAGGGGCACUUGGGGCCAGCAGAAACUUUGCUUCCCAGUUCCCUAUCCCAUUUGGCUUCACCCCCUCAUUCUGACAUAGGAAUUGUAUGACUCCCUACACCAUGCAAGGGGACUGUGCCUUACUUAGAACUAUUUAUCACUCCUUCCUAUAGCGCCUUCAAACUGAGCCCCACUCCUUAUAAGCGAAUCCUGGGACUUCCUCAGUGUACAGGGAGUGUUUCUGGACUGUGGCCCCACAGUCCUUAACUGAAAAAUGACCCUCCACUACCCUACUGGAGUCCAUUGGGACACAGGCAGCCCCAGGCUCAUUGGCAGCUGGCUGUUUGCACGCCUGGGAAGGGGUCCUCUGGGCAGGAGUUGGGGCCAUGCUUGGACUCCAGGCUGCUUGAGGGGGUUAACCUUGGACCAAAGUUGCCUUAAGCCCCAGGUAUAAAAGGGCUUCAGGGAAGGUGAAGGGUCACUGGCUAGGGGCUGACUGUCAGGCUGGCCCUUCCUUCUUCUCUCCCCUCUGGUGUGUGUUCCUGUAGCCACUGGGCUAAUCUUCCCCUAGCUUCAAGCUGUACAUUGGGCCUCCCAGUGCAGACCCCUGCCCAUACUAUACCCUUGUCCCCUAUGUUAACUCCCAGUCCUUCCCCUGAGCUCUGACUCAUAUUUAUCAUGUACCCACUCUGACUCAGAAGCGGGCAGAGGGAAGCCACUGGGCCUGCUUGCUUCCUGUCCCCCAAACUGUCCUUUUCUUCCCAAGUAAAUAUACAUAUAUAAAUAAAUGUAUAAAUACUGCUUUGUAUCUGA